UUUACAGAAAAGCCACUAUUCUGAACAAUUGCCAUUAUAUAUUUAAAAUCAAAAAAAGAAAUUAUUUAAACUUUAAGUUUUUGAGAAUAUGAACAUAAAGCCAUACUCUUCGACAUGUACACAAUCGUAAUUAUUUUAAUAAGAAUAAAUAUUAUAAAAAACAACAAAUGAACACUUGGCACCGGAAAACAUUACAACUAUGAUAUACAUAUAAUCGCAACAUAUAUUCGGAAAAAGGAUAACAAUAACGAUAUAAUAUUGAAGAACAACACAUGGACUAUUUUAUUUACGAUCCGAAAACGGACGAUUUUACCAACAAGUCGGUUAUAAUGACACGCAGCACUAAUAGCAAAGCAUUAUUAACACAGAAUUCAAAGCAACGAAUUCCGGUGAAGAAAAUUCGAUAUUUAUUGUGGCCUUUUGUCUUGGGAGUAAAUCUGUACGACUUUCUGGCUCUAUGUCAUCUUGUUCCAACACAUAGUCUUCAUCUAUCACGUCCGUUUUUGAUGAGCACCUCAUCUUUUCAGGUUUUUCAUAAAAAGCAAACACAGGAAUAUGACUUACCAAUGAUUUCGAACUGAUACAGAGUACAAUUUUACUUGAAAACUAAUUUUUCAGAUAAUUUAUGUUUGUGGCGCUUUGAGUUAAUUGUAACUAACAAUUUUGAAUUGAAAUAGAUUAAACAGCUAUGGUCACUUUUUUCCUGCAUUUAUGACUACAAUUAGAGAUUUUUAUUGAAAGCAAUUCACAAUUUAUUAUUUGUUGUGAUAUCGUA